UAAAAUAUUUGACUUUGAUAUCACUUUUGAUUCUUUAGAUGAUUUUAACGAUUUUUAUACAGAUAUUUCAAAUCGAUUUCAAAUCCUGCCCGCUGUAGGUUCCAGGUUCUACCAGGUCUCGGGAUCAAAUCGUUUUACCUAUACUAGCCGGAGUAACGUCUCCAAAUUUUCCCCUCUAACACGCUCGAUGCGGUUGUCCAAUGAUCAAUGUUUCGUACCGAGUUUCCCCAUAAUGGAUAUUAAGAUUAUAAUAGAUAUUCGUUGGUUCAUACAAAUUCACCAUGGUUAAGUCAAUUUUCCCGUUAUCAUUUGUACACAUUAUUUACACUUUUCCAAAAUAAGACACCUGCCAUGGCGCUAGUAUUCACGUGUAUCUGUUAAACAUAUCAUCAUAAUAUGACUAUGUUUAAACAAUUAAGUAAAAAAAAAACAUAUUGCGUACUAUAUUAUAAUACCGUAUUUAUGCCAUAUGGGAAUACGACACAAACUGUCUUAACGUUCUCAAGGUAACGAUUGUUUAUUUUUUAUGUUGUAUUGUUUCAUAUUUGAUUAUAAUACGUAAAAACCGUAAAUAAUACAAAUUUAUUAAUAUUUAAUAAUAUUAUUAUUUGCCACUAAUAUAAUAACCAACUAAUCCGCGAGCAACGCCAUGACCGUGAAUUCCGAAAAACCAUUCGAUGAUUUUGGCUGUCUGGAAUUGUUAUUGUUUUACUACGGCAUCAGCAAAACCAUCGUAUUCUGGACGAAUGUUUUGUGGAUCUCUUGCGCCUUGAUCAACGGAAGUUUCGGUCAGUCGUGUUUCGCUGUGAUUACGCACGCCGAAAUGGUGGUCCAACGAAUCUGUUCAUUGUUCCGGAUGAAACCCCUGGACAUGAAACACUUCCAGGAGGAUACGAUGAUAAUGCGCCAACAGCGCCAACGCGAAAAGGUUCGCAUCGCAAAAAUCGAGUGGCUGAAACGUAAAAUGUUCGAAGAGGAGAUACAAAACGAAAUCUCACAUUUCAUGUUUUACGAUAAGUUGGCCGAAGCGUUAGAUUUUGUACUGGGCACGGAAUCCCGAAAUGGUCAACGAUACUGCGGCGACCGCGGCGAAGAAGCGGAUUCGAUGCCGUUCGCCAAACCUGCUACUAAAGAUCUGAGCUCGUUCCGGAAUCUUAACACGGCGACGGAUGUUUUAGAUGCGUUAGACACGUCUACAGAUAUUUAUUUGUAAUUUAUUGUUGUUAUUGUUAUGUCAAUACGAUUCAGAACGAAUACGUUGGGUCCUCCUAACAUACUUCUGUAAAUAAUCAAAUUUAAUAGUUAAAAAAAACUACACAUCACUGUAAAAUCAAUAACUUCUUUCGCACCGUUCAGAAUAUAAAAGCUUACAUAUAACAAAGAGAUCGCUCUAUUUUCAGAUUAUUUUUGGUCGGUUAUAAGUUGAAGUUAAGGGGGGAGCUGAAUUAUAGCUUCCAAGGGCUCCCACGCAUCAACCCUAGUUAACCACCUAUGCAACUAUGCCUCACGCACAACAUACUUUUUAAGAAAAAGUUUGUUGAAAGUUCUACAGAAUUUAAUGAAACUAAAAUCACAUGAAUUUAUGUAACAAUGUUUUAAAAUGUUAACUAUACGAAGUAGUUUCUA